CCCCGUUUCUUUUGUUGCGCUCUCUCUCAGUAUUCUCUUGGGACUUACAGCUUCCACAUAUCUUUGCUUUUUUCCUCUCUUCAUCACUUUCACUUCAUUGCUCACCAUUUGGAAUUGUGACAAGGGAACACAAAUCUCAACUUACAUUCCAACAACAUAUCAGAUCAGACAGACAACAGGAGUAGUUGAUAGGUGAAUGAAUUGAAGAUUAAGAGCUUUCCUGUUUUUGGCUUUGUUUCACUCUCAAGCUUCAAAUCGAGGAGAAUAUUCAGAAAGGGAAAGAAAAUGUGAGGGGAAGACUAAGAAGAUAAGAAAUCCAAAAAUGGAGUACCAACUCUGCUGAAGAAUAAGAGCUUUCCUCAUCCUUAGUUUGUGUCACACUGAAGAGAUGUAGUCGUAUCCAGGACAAGAAAAUCAAGCUCAAAGGGAUGGGGGAUUUGCUAUCACCAAUAGUGGAAAAAGUGUUUGAAUAUGUGGUUCGUCCGGGUUCUAAGCAGGUGGCCUACAUCCUCCAUUACAAGCAAAAUGUAGAUGAUCUAAACCAUAGUGUUGCGAAACUUAUAAGUGAAAAGCAAAUUCUGGAACACCAACGUGAUGAAGCUGAUAAAAAUCUAAAAAAUAUUGAAGCUAAGGUCAAAGAAUGGUUACUGGAGGUGGAUGAAUUUGUGUCUAAAUUUGAGAAUUUUAUGAAAGAUGAAGGCACAAAGUCAAGGUAUCCUCACUUAUGGAAUAGGUAUAGACUAAGCAGACGAGCAACAAAGAUGGCAAUGGACGUUAAGAAGUUAAGAGAAGAGAUCCCCAAGCCUCAUGAAGUUGCCUAUACGGAGAACGUAACAUCUAAUGAUGUCACUUUGUCUAAUGUUGGCUACAUGGAUUUUGGUUCUAGAAAAUCCACAAUGAAUGACAUAUUGGCAUCACUUCAAGAUUCCACGGUCAGAAUGAUUGGGCUGCAUGGGCCAGGUGGUGUGGGUAAGUCCACUUUUGUCAAAGAAAUUGCUAAAAUAGCUCUAAACAAGAAGAUGUUUAAUGUGGUGGCUAGAGUAGAAAUAACUGCCAAUCCCAAUUUGCAAAAUAUCCAGGAAGAAAUUGCUCACGUGUUAGGAUUGAGAUUGGAAGCGGUUGGUGAAAAUGUGAGAGCUGAUUGUAUACGGAGGAGGUUAAAGAAAGAGAAGGAGAACACCCUUAUAAUAUUGGAUGACCUAUGGGACAAAUUAGAUUUGAACAAGUUAGGGAUUCCACUUGAUGAUGAUGAUAAUAACGAUGAUUUAAGUAAGAGGAGUGACCCAAAUAAUCUUAGGAGCACAGUGAUGAACAAAGAAAAAUCUCUUGGUGAUUAUAAGGAUUGCAAAAUUUUGCUAACCUCAAGGGAUAAAAAAGUAUUGUCUGAUAAAAUGGAUGUUAAGUCAAUGUUUUGCAUUAAGGAAUUAGAUGACAAGGAUGCUCUGAUAUUGUUUCAGAAGGCGGUUGAAAUACUUAAUGAAAUGUUCAACUUUAAACAAGAGAUUGUUAAGAAGUAUUGUGGGGGGAUACCCAUGGCAAUAAUUACUUUUGGCAAGGCAUUAAGAGACAAUAAUGACUCAAUGUGGGAAGCUAGGCUAGAAAAACUUAAAGAAUUGGUGGGAGUGCAAAAGCCUAUGGAAAUUUCUCUAAAGAUGAGUUAUGACCAUCUAGAAAGUGAGGAACUCAAGUCCAUUUUGUUACUUUGUGCUCAAAUAGGUCAUCAACCACUAAUUAUGGACUUGGUGAAGUAUUCCUAUGGUUUGGGUAUACUUGAAGGGGUCUCCUCGCUUAUGAAAGCUCGUGAAAUAAUUCAUACAUCACUAGAAAAGCUAAAAGGCUUAAGUUUGGUGUUGGAUGGAAGUUCUAUUAAUCAUUUCAAUAUGCAUGAUAUGGUUCGAGACGCUGCUUUGUCAAUAGCCCACAAGGAGAAAAAUAUAUUUACUAUGAGAAAUGGUAAACUUGAUGAUUUCCUUGAACUUGACAAGUGCACUUCGAUUUAUAUAUGCAACAGUGAUAUAAGCCUUGAUAAACUUCCUGAUGAUGUAAAUUGUCCUCAACUUAAUUUUUUUCAAAUUGAUAAUGAUGAUUCAGCUUUGAGAAUACCUAACGGUAUUUUUAAUGGAAUGAAAAAACUCAAAGUGUUAAUAUUGAAUGGUUUUCAUUUGUCAAACUUGCAAGAUUUAAUUGAAGGUCUAUCAAAUCUCAGAAUGCUUUGUUUGGAGCGAUGCUAUUUAGAUGGCAAUUUGUCAAUCAUAGGAACGUUGAAAAAAUUAAGAAUUCUCAGUUUUUCUGGGUCUCAAAUUGAAAAUUUUCCAGCGAAGUUGUGGUGUUUAAAUAAACUACAAUCUCUAGACAUCAGCAAUUGUUGCAUACAAAGGAUUUACCUACCUAAUUCUAUAUCAAGGUUGACUUCUUUAGAAGAGUUAUAUAUAAGAAAGUGCUUGAUCAACUCUGUUGUGGUAAAAGAGACAAAUGGGCAAAUUUCAUUGCUUUCUAGACUAAAACACUUGCAUCAACUGAAAGUGGUGGACUUGAGCCUCCCAAGUGUUGCAGUUUUUCCCAAGGACUUGUUCUUUGACAACUUAAAUGAUUACAAGUUUGUGAUCGGGGACAGUAAGGUGCUUUCAGAUGGAGAUUUCAAGAUGCCUAAUAAGUACGAACCGUCUAGAUUUUUAGCAUUGCAGCUGAAGGACGAUACUAACAAUAUUCACUCUCUAAAUGGGAUAAAAUUGUUGUUUAAAACAGUUCAAAAUUUGUUAUUGGGAGAGAUAAAUGGUGUCAAAAAUGUUAUUUAUGAGUUGAAUUUGGAUGGAUUUCCAUAUCUGAAACACUUAUCUAUCACAAAUAAUUUUAGCAUCCAACAUAUCUUCAAGGCAAAGGAUUUGGCUCGUCCUCUAGAUGUUUUUCCCAAAUUGGAAUCUUUAUGUCUCUACAAUUUGUUGAACAUAGAGAUGAUAUGUUGUAGUCCAGUUAAAGAUGUCUCAUUUACCAAAUUGAAGACUAUUAAAGUCAAGAUGUGUGCCCGUUUGAAGAAUGUCAUCUCAGUUUACAUGGUUAAACUUCUUUCUAGUUUAGAAACAAUUGAUGUUUCUAACUGUGAUUCUAUAAAGGAGAUUGUGGAAAUUCAUGUAAACUCUGAUAAGGUUGAGUUUCUUAAGUUGCGCUCUCUGACUCUACAAUCAUUACCACCAUCAUUUACUAGUUUUUAUAGUAGAGUAAUGGGAGACAUCACAGAUCCUCUUUUUGGUGAACGGGUUAAAAUUUCAAAUUUAGAGAGUUUGAAUUUAUCCUCAAUCCACGUCCAUACGAUAUGGUGUGACCAGUCCCUAUCAAGUUUUUGCUUUCAAAACUUAAAAGAAUUAGUUGUGAAAGACUGUAAUAAGUUGAUAUAUUUGUGUUCAUUGUCUGUGGCUAGCGGUUUGAGCAUGCUAAAAAACCUCUAUGUAAGUGAGUGUCAUUCGAUGGAGAAGGUUUUUUGCACCGAAGGAAAUGGUCCACACAAGGUCUUUGUCUUUCCAAAGUUGGAGGAAAUCCAUGUCAGCAAAAUGAAAAUGUUAACAGACAUAUGGCAGACUGAAAUGAGUGUUGAUUCCUUUUGUAGUCUCAUUUCUUUGCACAUUGAAGAAUGUGAAAAAUUAGACAAGAUUUUUCUGAGUCACAUGGAAGGAUGGUAUGCAAGUUUGGAAAAGUUGAAGGUUGUUAAUUGUCAGUUAGUGAAAGUGAUUUUUGAAAUCAAAGAUUCUCAACAAAGAGAUGCAUCUGGUGGGAUAGACACAAAUUUACAAAGAAUUUUUCUUCACUGUCUCCCAAAGUUGAAGCAAGUGUGGAGCACGGAUCCAAGAGGAAUUCUCAACUUCAGAAAACUGCGGAAUAUAGAUGUAUCUUCUUGUGAUAAAUUGAGGAAUGUCUUUCCGGCUUCUAUGGCCAAAGAUGUUCAAAAUAUUGAAUACAUGUCAGUAAGAUUUUGUUGGAGAAUGGUGGAAAUUAUUGCUUGUGAAGAUGGAUUAGAAGCAAGCUAUGAACCAUUAGUAUUCCCUGAAUUGAUCAGCAUGGAAUUAUAUUACCUACAAAAUAUGGAGCAUUUCUAUAAGGGGAGACAUGGUAUAAAGUGUCCAAAAAUGAAUAAGUUGAGAGUGGUGGAUUGUGAGAAGCUUGAAAUAUUCCAAAUAGAGAGAAGUGACAAAACAAAUGAAGAAGCAGUACAAGUUUUCUCAACACCUAAAGAGGUUUUUCCCAACUUGGAGUAUUUGGAUAUUCACUUUAAGCAAGCAGAGAAGUGGUUAAUAUUGAGCAGCAAAAUGUACAUAAUGCACAGUUUAAAAGAGCUUAUUAUCUCCAGCCCAGUUAGUUUUGACUCUCUCUACCAGUUUCUGUACAGAAUGCCAAAUCUAGAAAAGUUAUCGCUUUGGGAGUCAGUGCCAAGUGCAAACAUUGCACCACAGGAAAGAUUAGGAACCGUAUUACAGUUGAAGGAAUUGGUUUUGUCAAGGUCAGGUAUAAAUGAUAUAGGACUUGAACGACUCCCGUUUCUACGGAGACUUGAACUUUUGACCUUACAAAGGUGCCACAAUUUGAGCAUUUUAGCUCCUCCCUCGGUAUCAUUGACUUACUUGACAUAUUUGGAAGUAAAGUCAUGUAAAGGAUUAAGGAAUUUAAUGGCAUCCUCAACGGCCAAGAGCUUGGUUCAACUUAAGACCAUGAACCAAUGA